GAUUUGCAGGAGAGUUAUGUCAGAGAGACACUGACCAGUGGUUUUUCUUUGUCCCUCGGCAAGAGAGAGAAGCCCAUGGAGGAAGGCCUAAUCGGCUCACGACUACCGGAUAUUGGAAAGCCACUGGUUCUCUGGGCUAUGUAUACUCGAAUAAUGGAAUAAUUGGAGUGAAGAGAACCAUGGUUUUCUGCAGAGGAAGAGUUCCAGGCGGAAGAAAGACUGAGUGGAAGAUGAAUGAGUGUAGAGCCAUUGAAGCAGAAGCUUCUUCAUCAAGUAAUGCAACUCCACCAAAG